AUGACGAACUUUUGUUGUCGUUUCGUUAAGAAUUAUGCUACAUUGACCCAACCAUUACGAGAACUCACAAAGAAGGAUGUACCAUUUCUGUGGACAGGGAAACAAGAACGAGCAUUGGAGAAACUACGUGAUGCCCUUACGAAUGCUUCAGAAAACGCAUACUCCGAUUCUACCAAGACGACCGAAGUCUUCACUGAUGCAAGUCCCGUCGGUGUUGCUGCUGUGCUCACUCAGAAGGAACCUAACAGUGAUGAAAGAAAGAUAGUUGCCUAUGCCAGUCAAGCCCUGUCAAUAACAGAACAGAGAGAGAAGCCCUAGCCAUUGUUUGGUCAUGUGAGCAUUUUCAUUUAUACCUGUACGGAGGAAGAUUCGCCGUAUUUACUGACCAUCAACCGUUGGUCACGAUAUUCUCAAACCCAGCAUCAAAACCGUCAGCUCGUCUAGAAAGAUGGUCCCUGCAUUUACAACCUUAUGACGUCACAAUACGCUAUCAGCCUGGAACUGAAAAUCCGUCAGAUUAUCUAUCGAGACACCCGCUUCGUGAUGUUACUCCGAACAGCCGUCAAGAGAAGGUAGCUGAAGAAUUCGUUAACUUCCUGGCAGAAACCUCUAUGCUUAAAGCCAUCAACCUGACAGAUUUGAGGUCGGCAACGAGACAUGACGCUACCCUACAAGCCAUAAUGAAAGCUGUUCAAACCGGGAAAUGGCACGAAACCUCCAAAGAUGCAAGAAUCAACAUUUCAGAUUUUCAGAGUUUUGAGAAAGUAAGAAACGAACUGUGUACUCUACCCGACCUAGUCUUGAGAGAACAUAGAAUUGUGAUUCCCGAAGCAUUACGAGAGAAAGUGAUAGAUAUAGCUCACAAAGGUCACAUGGGAGUGGUUAAAACCCAAGCAUAUUGA